UUCUUCCCGCUGUGCCACCGGCCCAGGGGUCGCCAGCCCGUCCCCCGACCCAGCCACGCACCCCCAGCCGCCGCCGCCGCGCAGGGGGGCCUGCCCCGAGCUGGGAAGGAGCCGUGGCUGCUAGGGCUGCAGCGUUACCCCUUCGAGACUGAAAAUACGUUUGAGAAAACGACAAAAUGAGUAGUCGUCGAAAACGUGCACCUCCAUCAAAAGUAGAUGAGGAGAAAAAGAAAAAGCUCUGCUGGAAUAUGCAUGAAGACCGGAGAAAUGAGGUGAUAACAUUAGAUGAUGAAGUGACUAAUGACGACCACGUUCCAGGUCCAAGCACUUCUUCUGCAUCCUUCAUUGUUAUAAAUGAUGAUAGCACUGAUGAAGAUCUCAUUCAAAAAGAAGGCAGUGGCUCAAAAUCUGUUAAGUUUUUGACAGUUAACGAUGAAGAUGACUCUUAUUCCAUCUUGCCUCCCGUGUCAGUACAGCUAAAUAUUAUAGUCUUGCCAUACCGUGCAGAUGGGUCCUGGAAAGCUUUGUUGGGAGAAUUUGCUCUUCAUCUUCCUUCUGAGCAAAUUCUAACUGAUGAAUUCCAUGAAAGGAGCUUUACUUUGAAAGGAGACUCUGAUGAUCAGCUGCAGGUCUGUGUUCAUGAAAGAAGUGAAGAAGAGUACAGUAAUGAAACAAAAGAAUACCAGGGUGCUUAUGAACAAUGUAUUUUGGUGGAACCAACUUUAGGUGGUGAAAUAUUGGAAGGCUUGAGGUGGUUGCAAAAGAAAAAGAUAAUUGGACUUUAUCAAAGACCUGGAGAAGCUCAAGCUUUAAAGGUCGGAAUUUACCUGCUGGAAGCUGGGCUAAGUAAACCAGAGUUUCUCAGUGAUGGAGGUGGAAGACCCAAAAAAGCUAAUCAGCUGAUUCAGAAACUCAUGGAGAAGUUCUAUAGUUUUUUAAUUCCAGAUGAGCUGGAGGAAGAUGAGGAAGAAUCUGACACAGAACUAGAGCGACAAAAUAUUGAAGAGCUUUAUGACUUUGUAAGGCACACCCAUCAGCAGGAUAUCCAGUUACUGAGAGAGGAUGUGCAGCAUCCUGCAUUAAUUCCUAUCCUGAGGCCAUACCAAAGUGAUGCCGUCAACUGGAUGCUUCACCGAGAGAACCUCACAAGCAGUGGCAAGUAUUUAGAAAAUGCACUGCACUUCUUAUGGCGGGAGGUCACCACUCUGGAUGGAGUAAAAAUCUACUAUAAUCCAUUUACUGGCUGUAUUAUCCGUGAGCAUCCGAUUGCUGGACCCCAGUGGCCUGGAGGUAUUUUGGCAGAUGAGAUGGGUCUCGGAAAAACAGUAGAAGUGUUGGCUCUUAUUCUGACUCAUACCCGACCAGACAUUAAACAAGAUGAUCUGACAUUACCUGAGGGUAAGCUUGUGAACUUCUUUGUUCCACCUAAACCUUUAGAAGGAAAUAAAAAGAAAAAAACAAAGGAGAUGGAGCUUAAACUGAAGGAAAAAAUACAAUAUCCCAGCUUACGAGUGAUGAUAUUAGCAGCUGUAAAGGAAAUGAAUGUGAAGAAAGGAGCAUCCAUUAUUGCAAUAUUUAAGUACAUCAGUUCUAUAUAUAGGUAUGACAUACAGAGAAAUAGACGGCUUCUCAAAAGAACUCUAGAAAAACUACUUGCAGAACAAGUAGUAGAGCAAGUCAAAGGACAUGGUCUGGCUGGGUCUUUCAAGCUGGGGAAGAAUUACAAGGAACAGAAGAAACGAGAAAGAACCAAAGAGCAGAUAGCCAGGACUUCAGAAAGCAUUCAGAAGAAGCAGUUAAUUGAUGCUAAAACUCAAACCAAAGAAUCAAGAAACAGUGAAAACGUCCCUAAAAUCCCUUUACAGGUGGCUAUCACCAUGGAAGACCAUGAUUAUUGUACAACUAGCAAAAAUAACAGGAAAUCUGAAGCAGAUUAUGAGAACUCUGUAAAAGAGAUUAACGUUCAGGAAGAAGCCGUGGUCCCGAAGUCUCCUGAUUUGCAUGGCAACGUCCUUGUCUGCAGUGACGUGAGCAGUCAUCCCGACUUUGGUGUUUCUAAAACUACAGCUGAUGUCCAGCAGGAAGUUCCAAAGGACCAGUCCUCACAUUCCAAAGAACAUGCUGGCAGUAGUGUACAACAUGCCAGUUCUGUAUUUCCAUUUAAUACUUCUGAAUAUCGUUUUGAAUGCAUCUGUGGUGAGCUUGGAUUGGCCGACUAUAAAGCUCGUGUGCAGUGCCUGAAAUGUUACUUAUGGCAGCAUGCAGAAUGUGUAAACUACAAAGAGGAAAACCUGAAGAUCAAGCCCUUCUACUGUCCCCAUUGUCUCGUGGCAAUGAAACCAGUUUCCACAGGAGCAACUCUGAUAAUUUCUCCGAGUUCUAUUUGUCAUCAGUGGGUAGAUGAGAUCAACAGGCAUGUAAGAUCAUCUUCUCUUCGAGUUCUGGUGUAUCAAGGUGUGAAGAAGCAUGGCUUUUUGCAGCCACACAUGUUGGCAGAGCAGGAGGUGGUUAUCACAACAUAUGAUGUCCUCCGCGCUGAACUGAACUAUGUAGAUAUACCCCACAGUAACAGUGAAGAUGGGCGCCGUUUCAGGAACCAGAAGCGGUACAUGGCCAUCCCAAGCCCCUUAGUAGCAGUGGAGUGGUGGAGGAUCUGCCUUGAUGAAGCGCAAAUGGUUGAAUGCACUACUGCAAAGGCUGCUGAAAUGGCACUCCGUUUAAGUGGAAUCAAUCGCUGGUGUGUCAGUGGCACUCCUGUGCAGCGAGGAUUAGAAGAUCUGUAUGGAUUAGUCCUUUUUCUUGGAGUUGAUCCUUACUGGGUCAAACAUUGGUGGGACCAACUUUUAUAUCGACCGUAUUGUAGGAAAAAUCCCCAGCCUCUCUACAGUCUAAUUGCCAAGAUAAUGUGGAGAUCAGCAAAGAAGGAUGUGAUUGACCAAAUUCAAAUUCCCCCUCAGACAGAAAAUGUGCAUUGGCUUCACUUUUCUCCUGUGGAGAGACACUUCUAUCAUCGCCAGCAUGAGGUGUGCUGCCAGGACGCGUUGGCAAAACUCAGGAAGAUUUCAGACUGGACUCUUAAGCUUAGUAGCCUAGAUAGAAGGACUGUGACUUCUAUUCUGUACCCUUUGCUGCGGCUGAGGCAGGCCUGCUGUCAUCCACAAGCUGUUCGGGGAGAGUUCCUGCCACUGCAGAAAAGCACCAUGACGAUGGAGGAACUGCUAACAUCUCUGCAGAAGAAAUGUCGAACAGAGUGUGAGGAAGCUCACCGACAGUUGGUGUGUGCUCUUAAUGGCUUAGCUGGUAUCCAUAUCAUCAAAGGAGAAUAUGCACUGGCUGCAGAGCUGUACAGAGAAGUGUUACGAUCAUCUGAAGAGCACAAAGAAAAGCUCAAAACAGAUUCCUUGCAAAGACUUCAUUCUACACACAACUUGAUGGAAUUGUUGUUGGCAAAGCACCCAGGAAUUCCCCCAACUUUACGUGAUAGCCAACUUGCAGAAGAGGCAGAACAACUUCGACAGCAUUAUAUGAGUAAAUCCAAUGCAGAAGUUGCAGAAGCCCAUCAGGCAUUACAGCCAGUUCUUCAGACCAUUCGGGAGCUCCAGAGAAAGAUACAUUCAGGUUCUCCUUGGUGGUUGGAUGUCAUCCAGACAGCAAUACAGUAUGCCAUCGAUGAAGAGCUUGUUCAACGUGUGCAAAAUGAAAUAACCAGCAACUACAAACAGCAGACUAAUAAAUUCUCCAUGGCAGAGAAAUUCCGUGACUGCAGAGGCCUUCAAUACCUGCUCACAACCCAGCUGGAGGAAGUGAAGAAGUUCCAGAAGAUUGUGAGAGAAGCAGUGAAAAACUUAGAAGGCCCUCCCUCUAAGCAGGUUAUUGAGGCUGCCACUAUCUGCCAUUUGCGACCUGUUAGACUUCCACUCAACAACUGUGUCUUUUGUAAGGCUGAUGAGUUGUUCACAGAAUACGAGUCGAAGCUCUUUUCUCAGACUGUUAAAGGCCAAAUGGCAAUAUUUGAGGAGAUGAUAGAAGAUGAAGAGGGGCUCGUUGACGACCGUUUGCCCACCACGAGCAGAGGACUGUGGGCAACCAGUGAAACUGAACGUGCCUUGAAAGCUAUUCUCUCCUUUGCCAAAGCUCACCGAAUGGAUGUUAAACUAACUGAAGAAGGCAGCAUAUUUCUGGAACUCUUUGAAGCAUGGAAAAAGGAAUAUAAGUUACUUCAUGAAUAUUGGAUGGUACUGAGGGAUCACGUGUCUGCUAUUGAUGAACUGGCAAUGGCUACAGAACGGCUGAGGGUGCGCCAUCCUGAUGAGCCAAAACCAAAUCCACCAGUUCUCCACAUCAUAGAACCACAUGAGGUAGAGCAAAAUCGAGUGAAACUUCUGAAUGACAAGGCAGUUGCCAAAUCACAGCUUCAAAAGAAAUUAGGACAACUUCUGUAUCUCACUAAUCUGGAGAAAUCUCAGGAUAAAACGACUGGGGGAGUUAACCCAGAACCAUGUCCAAUCUGUGCACGUCAACUGGGAAAACAGUGGGCGGUGCUGACAUGUGGACAUUGUUUUUGUAACGAGUGUAUAGCUAUCAUCAUAGAACAGUACAGUGUUGGCACCCGCCGGAGCUCCAUUAAAUGUGCCAUUUGCAGACAGACAACAUCUCAUAAAGAAAUAUCGUAUGUCUUCACUGCAGAAACUGCGAAUCAGGAGGAUGAUAUUCCUGUAAAGGGAAGUCACUCCACCAAAGUGGAAGCUGUGGUCCGAACACUGAAGAGAAUUCAAUUUAAAGAUCCAGGGGCUAAGUCCUUAGUUUUCUCAACGUGGCAAGAUGUGUUGGACAUAAUUUCAAAAGCUUUGUAUGACAACAACAUGAUUUUUUCUCAGAUCAAUGGAAUUAGUAAAUUUCAGGAAAAUCUCUCUGCAUUUAAAUACGAUCCCAACAUCAAUAUUUUGCUGCUUCCUCUUCACACUGGUUCCAAUGGACUAAACAUCAUCGAAGCGACUCACGUUCUGCUUGUGGAACCUAUUCUGAAUCCUGCACAUGAGCUACAGGCUAUUGGCAGAGUACAUCGUAUUGGCCAAACAAAAUCUACCAUCGUUCAUAGAUUCCUGAUAAAAGCAACAAUAGAAGAGAGAAUGCAGACUAUGCUGAAAACUGUAGAUAGAAGCCAUACAAGCUCUUCCAUGAAACAGUCAGAAGCCUCAGUUCUGACAGUGGCAGAUUUGGCUGACCUUUUUACAGAGGAAACUGAAGAACUUGAGUGAAAACACUGGUUUGGCCUAAUGAAAUCAGAAAGUACCUGACCUAAAAAGCACUGGUAUAUAAUCCACUUGAUCUGUCAUCCUGUAAACAUCAUCCACCAUUUGUAUGUAACAAAGCUAUUGGAAAUCAAAGUCUUAAUUGUUACUGUUUUAGUCUGUGGUGAAAUUCUUUGCAGCACACACUUACGAUAGCACUGGAGGAAAUUUGCACUUUGCACAUUAUACAAAAACGUGGAUUUUAUUCCCAAAGAGCAUUUGACCUGGAUGCUAAAACUGAGAUCUUGGACCCUUGGUUGAGAGGACUUUUACCAUCAGGUUUGAUUGGCUAGUAGCUCAGUCUGAGCAAAACUAUGUGGGUGGUUGGGUGGGAAAGGGAAGCAGAGAAACACAAAUCUAAUUUUUUUUACUGUACAAAGAAUUGUUAGAAAGAAUGACUGUAAAUUAAUAUUCUUCUAGAAAGGGCUUGUUAGUAUUUAAUGCAGAGUUAUGGAACGUCUUAUUGGUAACACUUUAAAUGAAUAAUAUUUACUAAUAAUUUGGAUAUUUGUAUUAGGCUUUUAGAUAUUCAUAAAGACUUGUGACAGUUAAAAGUUUCAUUGUUAAUGCUUGCUUACUGCAAAAUAAUGAUAAUUAAAUUAUGCUUUUUGUAUGUGUGUUGGUCUGGCAAUCAGUUAAAUACUUGAACUUACUGUACAUGUUUCCACUUAUUCUUGAAGCCAUGACUAAUUUAGCGCUUUGUUUAAAAAAGAAAAAAAAGGUAAUGCAUUCGUUACAGAAUUUUUGAAAAAUUAAUUGGUUAAGCUGCUGAUCACUUUAUAAUAAUUUGGUGCUCGUGUACAUUUUUCUCACCCUGAUUUUUUGUUGUCUAGUUCUUCCCCUUAAAGAUGCAGCAAUCUAAAUAUUCAAAAUAGAUGCAAUUAAGGUAGGCAGUCAAAUUAAGUACCUAAUCUAAAUUAGAUAAUUAGUGGAGAGAGAUGAAACUUUUGUGAAAUGUCAUCCUUAGACAUGAGCGAUCACUCUACCCCAUCUCUAUUGAGAGUAGAGAGUUUAGAAAACAAAUCUAGACUAACUUUGACUGCUGAAAGUAGGUAAGAUAAAUUUUAAGCCUUUUGGCAUAGGUUACGGGUACACAUUUAUGUAACACCAUUUCUGAAGGUAUUACAGAAGCAAGCUCAGUUACGCAGUUGAUGUUAAACACAAUUUUGUGUUUAGAGACUGGCAAAUGUAUAUGCAUAAGCAACAGGCUACUUCCCUCAAAUUACAAUUAUUUACUGUUUCAGUAGACAAUGGGGUUUUUUGUAUGUUUUUGAAUCUUACUUGAGGUUGAACUUAAAAUGAGUCCUUUAAGAAAUCCCAUCUUAGAAUUUUUAUUCUAAUCCUGUCUGUUAAAUAGAUUUGCCAUAUAGUUAUUGAGCUUCUUGAGUUCCGUUUUCAGUCAUACUGCAUUUGAGUUGCACCGUUUGGGUAUUAAUCCUGUCUGCAUGGCAGACAAGUUUUCUGCUACUGACAACAAAUGUGAAUAGAAUUUACAUGAAUAAUAUUGCGUCAAGAAGUGGGUUUUUGGCAUUUAUAGUCUGUUGUCCUUCUGGACCAAUGAGAUACUUUGUACUAAAGACUAUUUGAGUAAAUUUAGACAAUGUAUCUUUAUUUCCCGUAAUUGUAAUAUGUAUUAGUCUUAUAUAUACAUUUGUUUUGGAGAUGACUGAUUUUUUUGCAGAUCACAGUUUGCAGCAAGGGAAAUAGAAUAGAUAGUAGACUUUUUUCUAAAUGAGAUUGAUCAAAAAGUUUGCACAGAAACUGUGACAUCUCCAUCCUUGAAUGUAUCGGGAACUCGAAUGACCCUGAGCAACCUGAUCCAGCUUCAGAGUUGGCCCUGCUUUCAGUGGUGUGUUGAACCAAAUGACCUGCAUGGAUCCCUUCCAGCCUAAAUUAUUCCACAGUGUACUGGAGAUCAUGCUGUACAGACACUCCAGGAACUCUGAGGGCAGCAACAUUCCAGUUUCUUCAUCGUCCUCGGAGAAUUUUAACACCGUACAACAUAAUGUGACUGAAUAUUACAGCUGCUGUUCACUCUGAUAAAUGUGUAUCUGUGUCAAAAACUGUGGAACCACAUAGUGUUUACAUUCAUAGCUCCCAUUUUAAAUAACCAGGUGUGGGAAUAAUAGUUAUCAGUGAAUGUGAAGAUAGAGAAGCAAACUGAAAAUUAUCUGCUAUGAGAGGUUUCCCAAGCUCUGCAAGUUUUUGGCUUGUUUAUAUAAGGACAGUGGUUUCACUGCUUAUUUACAAAAAUGUGGUGUUUGGAUUCCUAACCAGAAGCAUAGCUUCUCAUCAAGCAACGCAUGAGUCCUGACUUACGUUUUUUUUAUGCUCACUUAACAGCAUGGAAUGUCAGAGAUCCAGCAUGUUGCUGUGAGUUGUCCCCUGUAUCAGCCGAAUGUUCACAAGUCCAUGAGGCCUGAUGGGAUUCAUCCCAGAGUUCUGAAGGAGCUGGCGAAUGUUAUGGCAGGACCAUUCUCGGUCAUCUUGGGAGUCUGGGGAGGUCCCUGCUGACUGGAAGCUAGCAAAUCUUAUUCUGAUUCACAAGAAGGACAUGAGGGAAGACCCAGGGAACUACAGACCUGUUAGUCUAACGUCAGUUCUUGGAAAAAUUAUGGAGAUUAUACCAGGUACUACUGAAAGGCAUUUACAGAAUAAUGCAAUCAUCAGGCACAGUCAACAUGGGUUCACAAAGAGAAAGUCCUCUUUAACUAAUCUGAUGUCCACCUGCCUAGUGGAUGGAGGGAAGGCAGUAGAUGUAGUUUGUCUGGAUUUUAGCAAGGCAGUAUGACAUACUGUCCCUCACAGUACCCUUUCGGACAAGUUGUCCAACUGUGAAAUGAGCGGGUUCACAGUGCGCCGGGUGAAGAACUGGCUGAAGGCUGGGGCUCAAAGGGUGGCAGUGAAUGGGGCUACAUCUGUCUGGUGACAGGUCACCAGCGGUGUUCCUCAGGGCUCGAUUCUAGUGCCAGUUCUGUUCAAUAUGUUUUUAUCAAUGAUGUGGAUGCAGGAGUUGAAUGCACCAUUAGUAAGUUUGCUGAGGAUACCAAAGUGGGAGGUGCUGUUGACUCUCUUGAGGGACAGGAGGCCUUGCAGAGGUAUCUAGAGAGAUUGGAGCAUUGGGCAGUGAUUAAUGGGAUGAAAUUUAACAAGUUCAAAUGCUGGAUUCUGCACCUAGGGUGGAUUAACGCAGUUGACUUGGUUUGUAUUCUGCACUGCAGGCUUUGAAGCAGCACUAGAAUAAAUGGUGAGAGAAUAGAGGGCACAUUUGACCUGAAGCGAUGAGCACCUACUUUUACAUCACCAAAUUGCAGAUUUAGUUAAACAAGGUAAAAGUCAACCUAAAUCUUUUGGGGAUGGGGGUGUAUUUUUGUGUAAUUUCCAAACAUUACUAUAUUAGGCUGUGGAACAAUAGUUCCUGGGAAUGCCUCUUGUACUUCCCUGUUGGCAACCCAGGUUCUGCAAAUGGAGAAAUCUUAGUUGCAAAAAGUUUCUUAUCUUCUCUUUGUUAACAUAAAGGCCACUUCCUGCUCACAAAAGGACAUUUGCUCUCAAAAUGGCAAAUAGUUAUACUAAUUCUUCGUUCUCCCAUGUAUAUUAAUGCACAUUUAUAUUAUAAGAAUGUUUCAGCAGCUGUAAGCAGCAGAAUUAGUUUCUAUUCCAGCUUGUCCCAACAUACUGGAAAGUAAACGAAGUAGUGCAGGUGUAAAGCUAACAGCUCCUCCCUGCAAAAUGUGUUCUUUGAUAUGGGUCACUUUUUAAAAAAAAAAAAAAAAAAAAAAUAUAGGCAGUCUUUAUUCUGCAGCAGGUAUACCUAAAUAUGACAUAAGUUCUUCCAUAGUGUACUGCUGUUCUCUUAAAUGUAUGCCACCUUCAUAGCACUAACCUUCAACUACCAGAGAGAGCAUGCUGUGUGUCUGGCCCACACAGGAGGGGGACCAUCAAACAAGGAAAGGACAGGACGUACAUGUGUUGUUUCUCUUCUAGUCUUCUAGUUUCUCUUCAAGUCUACACAGUCUUAGUCAAGCAAUGUAGGACUCUAUGGAAGAGAUUAUACUGUGCUAACCCCUGCCACCAGAAAGCAGAUCUGAUGAAAUGAUGUUCUGUCAUACAGCUCCUCUUUCAGAGGUAGAAAGCCCAGAGCAUUUUACCACCAGCCAGAAAAGAGAUGAAGGGAAGAUCUCUGAGUCCUGGUGAUCCAUUCAGAGCUGCUGCUGUUGCACAUGCUGCAGUGGAGCUAGACCUUGCGCUGGAUGGAGCUGGAGGAAAUGGGAAGGAGGUUGAGGGGAAAAGUUGAACGGUUUUAAACCCUUCCUCUGUGUGCCCUUCUACUGAUUUUUCUGUGGGAGAAAUGAGUCACUGCUAUGAGCAAUGAAUAAACAAAGGGUGAAAGAUUCUAAGCGUAACCUAUUCAUUGGAGCUUAAUGUCUGAAGACAUUUAGACAAAUGCAGUGGCACACUUUUGUGUGUUCAUGAUUUGAGAUUAUAGUCACUUUCUUACUGAAAUCUAUGAAUAUGCUGGGCUUUGCAGUGGUUGAGCAAAUGGGAAUACUGAAAAGUUUUGACCCUAUGAUACAUGUUUUAAUGUGCACCUAAGGAAAAUCAUAAGAUUCCCUAACCAAAUUUAUGCUCUGGGUUUGUGAAGGGUAACAUUUCAAACUCCUAAGAUACAUGUUUACAGACUACCCUGGAACAAACUGGCAAGUUUUGCUUAAUAAAGGUACUGACUCACUUCUGCUGUAAAUGCACAAGUGUCUCUGAAGGGGCAAGACGGUGGACUUUGUAAUUGCACUUGGGAAAUUUUGCACCUCGCAAACUUCCAUGUCAGCAGAGGGGAUGGAAGGCAGUAAGCCGAGCCCAGCCCUGGUGUGCAGGCAAACGGAGCGCUGAGAAGUCUCGGCAAAGGUUUGAGCCCGCUGUGCGGGAAGAGGGUCAAGUCAAAGGUAUUUCUGGGGAAUCUCCUCUUUUGCAUGCUGUAAUCAUCAGGCAUCUCGCAUGCACAGAUUUUCUGUAAAGUUUCUGUGACUUUUAACAUACGCUUCCUGCAUCAGCAAGCUAACGCUAUUCAAAAGGACUGUUCUGUUUUCCCUGUGGAGCAUGAAUCUUUUUUGUUACUCAUUCUUAACAAAAGUGUCUCAGAAUCAUUUACAUCUCUCAUUAAAAAGCCUCUGAAGUAGAAUCGAAGGACGUAACAACAGCAAAGGAGGAGACAAAGUGAAUGACGUGAAGGGGUCCUGCUUCUGCCUAGCAGAGGGCACACGAUGCUGCUGCUGUAGCACAAGAGAAAAACGUGCGGAGGGGGCACAGUAAGGGAUGGGUCCAGCCCUGUCCUCUGGAAAUUGAUUCUAAAAUUGGUAGGAAAGGCUUUCUGAGUAGCCUAGAUCUCCACUGAUUCUGGACUUUAGGAGUCCAUUUGGUCUUUUUUUUUUUUUUUUUUUUUUUAAAGCACUUGAUGCUCCAGAGAGAUUUUAAAGCCCAAAACCAUGACCUUGGACUUGAUGUCUUGAGAGAUUCUUUCACCUUCCACUGAACUAAAAAAACUCCACCUUUAACUCCCACUAGAGAAAGAAGUUGGAAGGGCAAAGAUACAGAGAGGUCUUCAGAGAUAUCUUGAUUUUGAACUGCAGAGGGAAGUUUGACUCUGCCUGUGCUUUGCAACAUGAUGUUUGCUGGCUGCUUCUGCGCUGAUUUCUUUAACUUCAGCAGAUGCCACUGACAUGGGACAGGGUGAGUUGUCUAUUUUUUCUUGAAGAAAAUACCGCCAUUGAUUAUUGAAAAAGAGUAUUUCCAUGGAGCACCUAUAGCAACACAGAAACCCUUUAAGCCAAGUUCUUCAAGUGUGCUGGUGUAAUUGCCAGCUUUAAAACUUAAUAUUAAAUCAUAAUCCACAACAGGCAUGUAAUAAUAGAAGGCAGUACUUCCUUGGUGUCAUGCUGAUGUACAGUGGGACACAGAAUAAUCUUAGAUAGUACCAAAACAAAAUUUCUUUCACAACCUCUGAAUUAGUUUUCUACUAUAACUUUGUUGCUUACAAAAGGAUAGCUAGAGCCUUUGUAAUGUUUUAAAUCGAAAUAGAUACAAAUUUAAAAAUAAAGCAGUCAGUUGCUUUAGUGUCAGCUGUGCCGGUUCCUCAUUUAUUCAUGUUAUUAUUUGGUUACUAUAAUAAUGUUAAAUUUAAAAAUCAUUUGCAAGUUAAUCCUGAGAUAGAUCUUUGAAUUACAUCUCAUUUUUAAAUUUUUUUCAAAUAUUGUUUUGGUAAUCAAAUUACUAUAAAUUACACGCUUUUUGAUAGAAAAUGUUUUCUUUUAUAUUAAUACAGAUUAACAAAUACUUUGUCAGGUAUUUGCAAGCAAUUUGAUGUCCUGUAACUUAAUUAUAGAUUUCAGUGUGGAAACAGAGCCUAAUUGAAUUGUUCUAGUAACAGAAUAGUGAAACUAAUCAGCUUUUGCGGUGUCAAGCUAAUGACUUUUAGAAAGCAGCCCAUGGGAGAGAAAAGAGCAGUUUUCAAUUGUGUUCCAAAACUGAAAUUCCUGGAUGAUAAGCCAAGAAAGAGCAUUUUGAUUACCUGAUCUGUUUCCUUGCAUUAUAUAGAUGUAAUUUCAAUGAAAUAAUUUAGCUAGAAAGUAGCGAAAUCAGAUUUUUAUUUGAAAAUUACCGGGGGUGGAUAAAUGUACAACUUAAUGUUCCCUUGGUCUCCAAGUAACUUAGCGUUCCCAUCAAUAGCCUUUCUUUUGCAUUCACAAUUUGUUGCCAGAAUCACGUCAUACUGUCUCUUAAGGUUUGCAGCUAUUUCAGAGUCUUUGUGAACGCAAAGUUUUGUCUUGUACUAUCCUGCUACUGAAAUAAUACCGAUUGUUGUAAUAUUCAUUAAAUAUCUUUUUCUUUCUGUCUUUCUGGUUUGUGGAAAAAUAGCUGGUGCCUCUUCUGAGAGAGACAGUGCUUGAUAAUUUGUAUUCCUGUUCCUCAGUGUGUAACUGAACUGUCGGAUAGAUAUGGAACUGUUAAAUAGUAUCAAUUAAUAGGAACGCUCUGCAUGUGUAAAUAACUGUUAUUCAAAA